AUGCAGCAGCAGCAGCAGCAGCAGCAGCAGCAGCAGAGGCUGAGGCAGCAGGCGAUGAUGCAGCAGUCCUUGUACCCUCACCCCGGCCUCCUCGCCGCCCCCCAGAUAGAGCCUAUCUUGAGUGGGAAUCUGCCUCCUGGCUUUGAUUCAAGUACAUGCCGAAGUGUGUAUGUGGGAAACAUUCACCCCCAGGUUACAGACCUCCUUCUUCAAGAGGUUUUCUCUAGUACUGGUUCCAUUGAAGGAUGCAAACUCAUCCGGAAAGAGAAGUCGUCCUAUGGAUUUGUGGACUACUAUGACCGGAGAUCUGCUGCCCUUUCUAUUGUGACUCUCAAUGGAAGGCACUUGUUUGGUCAACCUAUCAAGGUUAACUGGGCAUAUGCUAGUAGCCAGAGGGAGGACACAUCAGGGCAUUUUAAUAUUUUUGUUGGUGAUCUAAGCCCAGAGGUUACAGACGCCACAUUAUUUGCGUGUUUCUCUGUUUAUUCUACUUGCUCAGAUGCUAGGGUCAUGUGGGAUCAGAAGACUGGACGUUCAAGGGGUUUUGGUUUUGUUUCAUUCCGAAAUCAACAGGACGCCCAGACUGCAAUAAAUGAUAUGAAUGGGAAGUGGCUUGGAAGUCGACAGAUCCGAUGCAACUGGGCAACAAAAGGCGCUAAUUCUGGUGAGGAUAAGCAGAGCUCAGAUGCCAAAAGUGUAGUGGAGCUAACAAGUGGAACAUCAGAUGAUGGUCAAGAGAGGACUAGUGAUGAUGCUCCAGAGAACAAUCCCCAAUACACGACCGUCUAUGUUGGCAAUCUUGCACCAGAGGUUACUUCUGCUGAGCUGCAUCGACAUUUCCAUUCCCUUGGUGCUGGAGUCAUAGAGGAUGUUCGGGUGCAACGUGAUAAAGGUUUUGGUUUUGUUAGAUACAGUACACAUGGUGAAGCAGCGCUGGCUAUUCAGAUGGGCAAUGCUCGGCUUCUCUGUGGUAAACCAAUUAAGUGUUCAUGGGGUAGCAAACCUACACCUCCAGGAACGAGUUCCACCCCUCUUCCGCCACCGAUGGCUGUACAAAUGCCUGGUUUCUCUGCUGCAGAGCUUGCUGCCUAUGAAAGGCAGCUAGCAUUGAGCAAAAUGGCCAGUAUGCAAGGCCUCAUGCAUCCUCAAGCACAGCACAUGCUCAAGCAGGCAGCCAUGGGAAUGGGUGCCGCUGGAACUAGUCAAGCAAUCUACGACGGUGGAUACCAGAAUGUAGCGACUACUCAACAGCUCAUGUACUAUCAGUAAUUAUGGUGAAGUGGUCUUCUUUUCUUCUUUUCCCUUUCUGUUACCAUGUAGGGAGGAGGAAUAAGCCUCAAAGAAGCCGGAUCCUCAUGUUGGACUGGCUUAUUGUACUGUUGCGGGGAUGCAGUUUGUAUGCAUAACGGUGUGCUUUCCUAUUCUCUAUUGUAGAACUCUUAACAUGAUUUGCCUAUUUGAUAGUUAUGGGGUUUCGCUAUUUAUAUUAUAUAGAAUUUCAUGUC